AUGCUCAUUGUACGUUCUUCGUUGAUAUUAUUUGUCCAUCGCCCCUGCAACUUUCGCUUCCCGCCUGCGCAUUCAUUUCACGAAAUCAAUUUCUUUUUUUCUUUUGUUUCUUUGUUUAUCUUUCUUUCUUUCUUCCUUUCUUUCUUUCUUUCUUUCUUUCUUUCUUUCUUUUACUCGCCCCCAUUGUUUUCCUUUUUUCUUUUCAGUUCCUUCCUUUCUUUUUUACUUCACUCUGUCUCCCUUACUGUUUACUUUCUCUCUGUUUUCACACACACUCUCUCUCCCCACCUUUCUGUUGUCGACUAUUUUUCUGUUUCAUUAUUUUCUUUCUUUCUUUCUUUCUUUCUUUCUUUCUUUCUUGCAUCAAUACACCUUUCUUUAUCCCUUUCUUCCUUUCUUUCAAUUCAUCUUCAUUUCUUACUUCAUGCCUUCUUUCUUUCUUUCUUUCUUUCUUCAAUCUACCAUCUUUCCAUCUAUCUUUCUUUCUUCCCCACUUCUGUCUAUCUUUCUUUCUUCCGUCUUUCUUUCUUCCUUCCAUCCAUCUUUCUUUCGUCUUUCCUUCAAUCUAUCUUUCUUUCCUUCCUUCCAUCUUUCUUUCUUCAGUCCAUCCAUCCAUCUUUCUUUUUUCAUUCUUUCUUUCUUUCUUUCUUUCUUUCUUUCUUUCUUUCUUUCUUUCUUUCUUUCCGACUCAUUUCAUUACUAAUGCACAAACUUAUCAUUUGCCAUGUCAAAACUUUCAGGGGUGAUUCGCGUUAUCUAUCUAUCUAUCUAUCUAUCUAUCUAUCUAUCUAUCUAUCUAUCUAUGUCAUGGUGCGCUUUUUCUCACAGACGGUACCCAACUGA